AGUGGAGCAGCCGCCGAAACGACUCCGUUCCUUCUCCCUCUUCCCUUCUUCUUCUUCUUCUUCCGAAGCAUGCCUCGCUCUCGAAGCCCGAACCCUAGCAAUUUCAUAUAACCUCUUCAAAUCGUCGCAGGAUCUCGCGAUUGCCCCCUUCUCCCGCACGAUUUCCGCAUAAAGAUAGCAAAUGCCAGAAGAGGAUCUGCUUGAGCUUAGGUUUCGGCUCUAUGAUGGAUCGGACAUCGGUCCCAUCCGGUAUUCUGCGUCUUCCACCAUUGCCAUGCUCAAAGAGAGGAUUGUGUCGGAGUGGCCACGAGAUAAGCAGAUUAUACCAAAAAUCGCUAAUGAUGUCAAAUUGAUAAGUGCGGGGAAAAUCUUGGAGAACAGCAGAACAAUCUCUCAGUGCAAGCCAACUUUUGGUGAGCUCCCUGGAGGUAUUAUCACCAUGCAUGUUGUUGUGCAGCCAUCAUCAGCUAAGUCUAAAACAGAGAAGAAAGUUGAUGAGUUGCCAAAGAAGGCAGCCUGUUACUGUUCGAUAUUGUAGAGCAAUGAAUCUCUUCUAUGGUACGUAGUUAGCAGCAAUAGAAUCAUAUCCAGCUUUUCAUUUAGCGGAAGAGAAGGAUGGCACAAAACUCAUGGCAUGUGUUCUUUUCUUGAAGGAAGGUUCCAAUCCUUGCCUCGCUCCGUCGAAGUUGUUAUAACAUGCUAAUCAUCUGUGAAAGAAGAGAGGGUCUUAAUGUCUGAUAUGUAUGUAUGAAGUAAAUUGUCUAGUUUCAUUGUGUUUAGGCUACAGUUUUUCCUUGUAACAAAAGUAUUCGUUGUAUUGAUCGAACUCAUUGCAUAUGGAAGUUAAAGAGUCUCGGAGGGUGCCCUGUUGUCUCCCACAUUGUUCUUGAACACGGAUUUUAAACUGGAAGUAAAUGCUGAUGCAGCUUUUGUUGA